CAGUGAAGAAGAAGAAGAAGAAGAAGAAGAAGAAGCAGAAGAAGCAGAAGAAGAAGAAGAAGAAGAAGAAGAAGAAGAAGAAGAAGAAGAGGUACAACUCUGUUACCAUUAUCAUCAUCAUCGUCAUCAUUAUCUAGAACAACUAUAUCGCCAUAACGACACCAGCAACAUCGCUGUUGAAAAGUUACACCUGACUUAAUAAGCACGCGAGCCAUACACACGCGCGCACACACGUACACACACGGUUAUUAAUCUACCCACACAGGCACAGACAGUUAUUCAUCUACCCACACAAAGAAGACACACACACACGCACACACACGCUCACACACGCACACACACAAAUACACAUACAUACACUCACGCACGGAUAUAUAUAUAUAUAUAUAUAUAUAUAAAUAAAUAUAUAGACAUAUAUACACAUAUAUUUCUCACCAUCUCAAGCGCUGACAGAGACCUCUGUAUGUGUGUAUAUAUAUAUAUUUCCGAAGCUAACUCCAGCAAAGGCAUUCUGCCGAUCACUGCCGAAUAGUUCCGAACUCUCUACGUAAACUAACGAAAGGAACUGCAAGUCUAGCUAGAUUUUUAAAUUGUCACUCUUCCUCAACACAAACACCAUGAAGACGUAUCAAAGCCGAAACUUGUGUAUUUUAAGUUGUGUCUCGUUGAUCCUUGUUAUUUGCUGUGGAGUCGACGCCUCGAAGUCUCUAACUAAACGACUAGGAAACGGUUUCAAAAACAACAUACUCGACCGUAUGGCUCAUGGUUUUGGGAAAAGAACAAUUGAAGAUACAUACGACCUGGCACCAUCAAUAGCCGAAACAGGAACCCGAAAUUGGAUGACCCUCAAAGACUUGGCUGACCUUAUGACCUACGACAGUGAUUUGGCUUACAGAGCGGCACUUAAAUUGGACACUAACGGUGAUGGAGUGAUUUCAAUGGAUGAGUUUGUAGGAGGUUUACGUGGACGUGGAACUGCCUAGAUUCCAGAAACUUAUAGAAUCUGCUACCCGCCUUCUUUUCCCAAUACACAUACAUCCAUACAUAGGCAUACACACACUCGCAGAUAUAUAUUACACACAUAUAUAUACAUAGAUAAUAUACAUGCAUACAUACAUAUAUAUAAAUAUGUAUGUAAGCAUGUAUGCAUAUAUUAUAUAUAAUACAUAUAUUUAAAUAUAGAAAAUGCAUAUAUACACGCAUGUAUAUAUUGUAUAUACAGAU